CUCUGUCAGUGAGAGGAACAACAAUUUGUUGUGCCGCACACACCACAAACGCGAAUAACACACAAACCUAAUCAAAUUACAACUACCUCAUUUUGCAAAAUCGGUGAACUUUUUUAUAUAAAGGAAAACAUCAGUGAAACACUCUACCUCAAAGUACAAAAGUGCGUGAACGAAAUAAAUUCAUAUCCUUACAAGAAAGUGCGAAAAAAUUGGUCAACUAAUUGAAAACCCAAGAAUAUAUCAGCGAAUCUCAACAUUGCAUUUGCAACACGAAGGAAUUAAACACAGAAACAAGAACGUUUCGAUGGCCAUAUCAAUGCUGCAAGACGCACAGACACGAAGCUUGGCUGCUGCAUUGGCAGGAAUCAAGAGGGAGGAGGUUUCUGUUGACCGCUCCAUGUCGCUAUCGCCACCAAUGUCGGCCAACACAUCAGCCACCAGCGCCGCAGCCAUGUAUCCGGCUAUGGGCCUUCAACAGGCAGCCGCUGCCUCUGCCUUUGGAAUGCUCUCCCCCACCCAGCUCCUGGCUGCCAACCGGCAGGCUGCUGCCUUCAUGGCGCAACUGCCCAUGAGCACAUUGGCCAACACACUGUUCCCGCACAAUCCUGCGGCCUUGUUUGGAGCCUGGGCCGCCCAGCAGUCACUGCCACCUCAGGGCACACACAUGCAUUCGCCGCCAGCUAGCCCACACUCGCCGGUAUCCACACCUCUGGGCAGUGGCAAACAUCCGCUGAGUUCGCCCAACAGCACCCCGCAGCACCAUGAGCCAGCGAAGAAGGCUCGCAAAUUAUCGGUAAAGAAGGAGUUUCAGACGGAGAUCAGCAUGAGUGUGAAUGAUCUUUAUCACACACCCGGUGGUCCCAUUUCACCGCCUUCCAGCGGCAGUUCUCCCAACUCCACACACGAGGGCGCGGGCGGCAAUGCCGGAGGCGCUGGGUCCAAGGACCCAUCUCGCGACAAGAGCUUCACCUGCAAAAUCUGUUCCCGCAGCUUUGGCUAUAAGCACGUUUUGCAAAACCACGAGCGCACCCACACUGGCGAGAAGCCCUUCGAAUGCCCGGAGUGCCACAAACGCUUCACGCGGGAUCACCACCUGAAGACCCAUAUGCGCCUUCAUACUGGAGAGAAGCCAUAUCAUUGCUCGCACUGCGAUCGUCAAUUCGUUCAGGUGGCCAACCUCAGGCGUCACUUGCGGGUCCACACUGGAGAGCGUCCGUACACAUGCGAGAUCUGCGACGGUAAAUUCAGCGACUCCAAUCAACUCAAGUCCCAUAUGCUGGUGCACAACGGAGAGAAGCCUUUUGAGUGCGAACGUUGCCACAUGAAGUUCCGGCGGCGCCACCAUCUGAUGAACCACAAGUGUGGCAUCCAGUCGCCGCCCACUCCGGCUCUGUCGCCAGCCAUGAGUGGUGACUUUCCCAUGGCAGUCACCGCAAUGGCUCUUGAGUCCUCCACCACCAAAUUCGCGGCAAUGUGCGCCAGCUAUGGAGGCUCUGAAGAGUCGGUCGACUUGGAAAAAGGUCCUAUGGAGGACGAUGCCCCAUUGGAUUUGUCCGAGGAUGGAGCCAGCUCCGUUGAUGGACAUUGCAGCAGCAGCAUUGCACGGCGCAAGGCCCAGGAUAUUCGUCGAGUUUUCCGCCUGCCUCCCCCCCAGAUCCUUCACGUAGCCAGUGAUAUGCCCGAACAAACCGAACCUGAGGAUCUGAGCAUGCACUCUCCCCGCUCCGCCGAGUCCCACGAACAGAACGAGGAUAUUGACUUGGACGACCUGGAUGAUGCUGCAGCCCUCUAUAUGCGGCAACAGCAGCACCAUUAGAGAUCAGUUGGGCUCGCAAUUGUACAUAGCCAUGAACAGUUUUCAUUAGAUGAAAGCGUCUGGAAAUGAUCCACACAAAAUUGAAAAUUUUGCCAUUUCAAAGUGGAGAGCAAACACACAUUUGCAACAGGAAUUUAAUGCUAAGUACAAGUAACAAAGAUCAACCAUAUACUAUAUAUAAAAAAUUAGAGAAAUAAUAGCACAUAAAUCAAAAAAACACACACAAAAAUUGUACAAAAGUAGCUAAACAUGCCAUAAGCUUAUCGCCGCCAAAACCCCACCAAAUCGAACCGAAAAUGUCGUGCCAUUCUUUAUCCUAAUUUAAGUUAUAUAUCUUUAGGUUUUCAAGUCACUAAAAAAUUGUAUAUAUACAUACCCAGCAUAUGCAGCUGCUAAUUGUAAAUUAAACGGCGCUCCAAAAUCUAAAAAA